AUGUCUUCCGAUCACCUGUGUUUAUAUAGUCUGCCGAACGAGAUUCUGGUCUCCAUUCUGUCCGGAUUCGAAACUCACGCUCUGCUUCCACUGGUAGUGGUGUCGCGCCGCUUCCAUUCGAUCAUCCUCCGUAUCCUACAUUUCCGUCUCCUCCUCGCCGCGGCGUUGCCGGACUAUAAACUCAUCCUUGAGGCAUAUCAUCCUAGCAAGAGAUACAGUGAUCCGUACUUGUUCUGCACCUACCUCGGUACAGAUGGACUCAGUUCCAAGCAUGAGGGUGAAGGUAGUCUGUAUGAGGAUUGCCCCGGGGAACAAGGGAAGUUUGCCAAACUUGGGGCGCUUUACAGCCGCUUCCGCCCUGAAAGACCCAGCGUGCAAGGCUCAAUGCCAGCACGACGCAUUGCUGGGGCGGUCACAUCGCAGGCUUCGUCCAAUCCUACCCAGCCGAUCUAUGCCGAGGAAGGGGACGGCGGAAACACAAAGGUUCUUCACAACCUGAACCUGGAUGCCGAGGAAGGGGACGGCGGAAACACAAAGGUUCUUCACAACCUGAACCUGGAUGCCGAGGAAGGGGACGGCGGAAACACAAAGGUUCUUCACAACCUGAACCUGGAUGCCGACGAGCUCUUUGGCCAGUUUUGCGCAUAUGCGAGUCUCGUCCGAUUGGGUCCCCGGAGGGGUGUGUUCCUGAGCAAUGCUCACCUUGUUCAGUCGGGUCAAGGAGUCAUGAGGGUAUGGAAACAAUGGCUGCAAGAUCGCGCAUGUGAAUUGUGGCAGCAGGAACAGGCCGCUGCUGUCGAACUUGACAAACCACCGAUGGAGUCUCCUUCGAUUGGUCUAGACAAAAGCAUCCUCUGGACAGAUUACCGAAAGAACGUCGGUCUGCGCGUAGCGGUCAGAGACCGGGACGGACGAUGUUAUGGAAAAGACUCGAGCGAGAUGGAUGAUAUGCCAAUCAGUUUCUCUAUCGAGAUCCAAGGUGAUGCUUUUUGA